UGCGGGCUCAGAGGUGGAUAUAUAGAGCUCGUAAGAUUCAAUGAUCAACUCAGGUCUCGAGUUAAAACUUACCUGAGUGCAAGAAGUUGCCCUUCCACAAUAGGACAGGUACGAAUAAUGUAUGUCAUAUAGUGAAAUGGGCCAGAGGUCCCUUAUGAAAAGGCUGCCUCAAACCCUAGUCCACAAUUUCCAGUUUGAAUUCCUGGAAAUACCUCAGUUAAUUUGUACUUCUACGAUGAUUUAUUAACAUCUCCCAAGUCCUAGACAAGCGUGGCUACUCGUUUUUCUCUUUUCGUUAUAUUUGCUUUGUAUGGUUGUUUGUUCCUGUUGUUGGUUUGUUUUGUUCUAUGGUGGUCAGGGUAUUAGGCAGUUAAGCAAAAAAAUUGCAGUAGUUCAGAUGUAACUUCAUCGUACUUAGGCGUCUCUCACACUACGCGCAAAGAACGGCGGGGUGGUGAAAGAUGGCUUUGCCCUCCUUUCUUACUCCUCCCAUAAAGCUGCGCGCUUCUCUUAUUUCCAGUCAUUUGCCUUGUGUCGCCCGAGUCUCGAAGGGCAUGCAGAGGAAGCUGUUAGUCCUUCAUUGUAAGGUACUCAGUCUGUAUUCAUUACGCUUGGUUUCUAACUCAAGGUAGUCAUGGGACUCACUUGCAAUCCUCCCAAGCCUGGCGGUGAAUCAUAUGAAAAGAUUUCAAAGGUAAGCUCCCUAACUGUAACUUAACACAGAGAAACUCACGCGCCCGCGUGAUCAUAAGCAGCGCUACUUUAUCGCUCGUGCAAUUUUUUAAAGGGGCUCUGUCACGGCUGACUAGUUUAUAUAGUUGAUAAUGGCAAUAACGAGUCAUUAUUCGCUAUGGAACUUGAGAACUUAGUACUUAGUUGUGAAUGACAAAAUUAAUAGCGUUGUAUUAUUCUUUUUUUCAGCUUGUCUCUAGUGCUCAGGCUGUAACUCGUUCCAGGUUUUAACUAAAAUGUAAUAAUUUGAACAGUAGCUUUCCAUGAUACAGAUAAAAGUAGUGAAUAAUACAAUACUUAGUCAGGUGACGCCUCUAAUGCGUGCCAUGGGAUAGCCGAUUUAACAAAUAAAGCUUCUUUCUCUUACCGUGGGUACCAGAGGUAUUCUCGCGGGUGGCGGGAUCCUUCGGCCCGCGGGCCGAAGCCACGAGUGGCGAUAAAGUCUCUGGCACUUAGGACAGGUUUCCAUUGAUUCUUUUGCCCAAACAAAACGUGAGAUUCGAGUCUUACAGAAGUAAAGUUUGCCAAAUGCUUGAGUCGCUAAGGGACUAGGUCGAGUAAGCAAAAAUUUCUAUUUUCUCCCGGAACAUUUGGCAAUCUUCUUAUAAAUGUAUAGAAAAUGAUCUUUAAUUACGACGCGCUGUAGAAAUCUAUAGAAAUGAUUACCUCCAGUAUUCCCAUAUCUUGCCUAAGUAUUAUUUUGUGUUUUAUCUGUUUUACAGGAAGUAACAUCCAUCAAGAAUUCUUACAGGAAAAAAGCAAAGAUGACAAGGGAGGUUCUUAACUCAAUGGAAAAUGUUAAGUGUAACGAGGUGGCAGGUGCAAUGUAUGCGUUUCCGAGGAUAACACUUCCAAAGAAAGCUAUCGGGGCAGCCAAGGUAUCAUGUCCUGUUUCCGGCCCUGAUUUCUAGGCCGCACUGCAGAAUACUGUCAGUAAUGGAUAUCCUAGGUGUACGGUAAUCUGGAUUCCGGAAUCCAGGAAUUUUUUUCUUGUAGACUGAUCCGGAAUCAGUUGAGGGGUUUUAAAUUUGGAAUUCAGACCUGGUUGUUCUUAAGAUGGAUAGCUCUAUCCACCGGAUAAAUCACUAUCCAGUGGAUAGGUAUUAGCGAAACCAAUUGCACUAUCCACAGCAGGAUAGAGAUUUAUCCGUUGGAUGGCGUUAUCCAGGUUUUGAACAGCUGGGGCCUCCUCUAUAUAUGAAGCCCGGAAUCUCGCUAACGAUUGGAAUCUGGAAUCCACGUUUCAUGGACAAGGAAUACUGAAUCCAGUACCCGCCAUCCGGGAUCUACAGCAUAAAAUCCGGAAUCUACAAAGUGCGAUUCAGAAGCCAAGAUUCUCGUUCAUGCACCUUAUAUUAGAAGAAUGCCAACCCGUUUCCCACCGUGUCAGUUUUCAUAAAAGGCGUUCUUUGGUUAGAAAAAGUGAAAAGGACGCUAUAGGCUCCCAUCUUAUUCAGGCUGCUGACAAUGUCCUGCGAAAGUUAAAAUUUCACUCUCUCAACUUUCCAUGUUUCAUUUAUUGCUAAAUUCCAUAUGUCGUAUCGAUCUAGUAACAGCUCCCAGUAAAGGCUUUAUCGAGGGAUUCUUUGAAAUACAGAUAUUCCCCUCUAUGUAUGUGGUCUGUUUGGUGAGCAAAGUGAAAGGAUUUUGGGUGGACAAAAGUAAUGUGUAUUUUUUUUUGAGUUUAUUGAGUUGUUUGUAUUGCCAUUGAUAUUUAGGCCAAGGAAAUGCCACCAGACGAGUUUUACUGUUGGCAGGCGCUGGGGAAAACUGGAAUUUACAUGAUUCCUGGCCACGUUUGGGAUAUGAACGGCAGCGGUAACAACUGUUACUACAGGUAAGAUUUGAAUUAACAAGGACCAUCAACUUCAGGUCGGAAUUUUGAUGAUUUUAAAAACCUCUCUGUGAUAUCAUUUGCGCCCUUGUAUCACAAGAUUUUCGUAGGCUUGUCUUAUAUAUUUAGAUUGAUUAGAUUGACUCCACCUUUAAAUUGGAAAAGACGCCUCUUUCCCCCCAAACCCCCAAAAUUCUGCUUUUGUACCACAGGAACACCAAAUUAGGAUGCGUUCUGACGAACGCAAUAAGGGUAUACACAGAUCGGCCCAUAGCCGGGGUGAUGGGGGCUUAGUGGAGGGCCUGCAACUGGGAUAAAGUUGGUGUUUACAAAUAGAAGGGCUUACAACCGGGAUUAUACAGUAUGGACCAGAGCUUUAACUUACGUGGGAAAAGGCGUCCUAAAAGCGACUUGUCUGUAAAAGCGACGUUCUGUCAGCGUAUGAAAGUGUGAUGAUAUUGGACCAAAACGUUUUGAUUUUUCUGACCCACUAUCCAUAUGAAGGACUAAUAACUUAAAACGGUUUCAUGUUUUAAUCCUUCUUGGUAGGAUCACUAUUCUUCCUUCUGAAGAGACGUUCGCUCCAAUGUUUGAGCGACUAAGAACCUUUCGCCAAUGA